ACAAUAAAUUCGAAAAUCGGAAAAUAUUUCGCGUGGACGUGGAAAUGCUCGUUAUUUUAUUUAAUUAGAAAUAGAAAGAAUUAUUAAAUCAUGAGUGACAAAGAUGCCGAAAACUGUCCCUCAGGCGACCAACCACAGGAAAAGACCGCUAAACAGUUGGAAAAAGAAGCUAAAAAGGCUGCUAAGUUAGAAAAACUUAAAGCCAAAUUGGAUAAGAAGAGUACUGCGCCAGCUGCACCAAAAGAUAAACCUGAGAAAAAAGUAAAAGAAACAAAGGAAAGCGCAGUAUAUACAGCAAAUACUGCACCGGGAGAGAAAAAGGACAUCAAUGGACCUAUGCCAGAUGCUUAUAGCCCCAAAUUCGUGGAGGCGGCAUGGUAUUCCUGGUGGGAAAAGCAAGGAUUCUUCAAACCUGAAUAUGGGAAAAAGUCUGUAUUGGAGCCAAAUCCUAAAGGCCAAUUUAUCAUGGUCAUUCCACCACCAAACGUGACAGGGAGCUUGCAUCUUGGCCAUGCUCUUACCAAUGCUGUUGAAGACGCUAUUACAAGAUGGCAUAGAAUGAAUGGUCGAACAACGCUUUGGAAUCCCGGUUGCGAUCACGCCGGUAUCGCGACGCAAGUUGUGGUGGAGAAGAAACUAUGGCGCGAGGAGAAGAAGACGAGACACGAUCUGGGGAGAGAGGAGUUUAUCAAGCGAGUUUGGAAGUGGAAGGAAGAAAAAGGUGGCCGUAUCUACGAGCAACUACGCUCCCUAGGCUCCUCUCUAGACUGGUCUCGAGAACGCUUCACAAUGGACCCAGUGAUGUGCCGAGCUGUGAAGGAAGCGUUCAUCCGUCUACACGAUUCCGGGGAUAUCUACCGGGCUAACAGACUUGUGAACUGGUCGUGUACGCUGAAAAGUGCGAUAUCGGAUAUUGAAGUGGACAAAGUGGAGUUGACUGGACGUACUAUGCUGUCUAUACCGGGGUAUGAUAAUAAGGUGGAAUUCGGUGUGCUUGUCCAUUUUGCAUACAAAUCCGAAGAUGGUAGCGGUGAGGUGGUGGUCGCCACCACUCGUGUGGAGACCAUGCUGGGUGAUGUGGCCGUGGCUGUGCAUCCUAAUGAUGAGAGAUACAAGAAUCUAAUAGGCAAGAAGUUGGUACAUCCAAUACUGAACAGGAAGUUGCCUGUCAUUGCCGAUGAAUAUGUCGAUAUGGCCUUUGGAACUGGUGCUGUGAAAAUAACGCCCGCCCACGAUCAAAACGACUACGAGAUUGGCAAACGGCAUAAUCUGCCUUUCAUCAACAUUUUUGAUGAUGAGGGUAAACUGCUGGACAAUUGUGGACCUUUCUCGGGCAAAAAGCGUUUCGACGUCCGUCGCGAAAUAAUCAAAGUGCUUGAAGAGAAGAAGUUGUACCGCGAGACGAAAGACCACGCGAUGGUGGUGCCGCUCUGCAGUAGAUCGAAGGAUGUGGUGGAACCGAUGCUGAAGCCCCAGUGGUACAUACGCUGCGACAAAAUGGCGGCGGACGCGAUUCAAGCGGUCAAAAAUGGCGAUCUGAAAAUAAUCCCAGACAGCCACGAGAAGACGUGGUACCACUGGAUGGAGAAUAUAAGGGACUGGUGCAUCUCCCGCCAGCUCUGGUGGGGACACCAGAUACCCGCGUACCGGGUUACUGUGCCGGAAAAGGUGAGGUUUUGGUGUAGUAGUGACGUAACAACAUACACGCGUCCGCUCCGGCGCCGCACGCGCUCGGGGCGGCGCAAGGCUGCGCGCCGCGUGCCCGCCCGCACACACCACGCGCACACGGAAGAGCUAUGGGUAUCAGCGCAUACGCAAGAGGAGGCGUUACAAAAAGCCGCCAAAAAGUACAAUGUCCCAGUAGAAGAUAUUAGCGUGAAGCAGGAUGAUGAUGUACUGGAUACCUGGUUCUCGUCAGGCCUGUUUCCGUUCGCUAUAUUCGGCUGGCCGGAUAAUACUGAUGAUUUGAAGGCAUUCUACCCAACAACACUGCUGGAGACGGGUCACGAUAUCCUGUUCUUCUGGGUGGCGAGGAUGGUGUUCUUUGGCCAGAAGCUUAUGGGCAAAUUACCUUUCAAAGAAAUCUACCUGCACCCUAUGGUGCGCGAUGCCCACGGCAGGAAGAUGUCCAAGUCCCUGGGCAAUGUCAUCGACCCAGUGGACGUGGUGACCGGCAUCACGCUGGAACAGCUCCACGAACAGCUGCUGGACUCGAACCUGGACCCCAAAGAGGUGGAGAAGGCAAAACUGGGCCAGAAACAGGACUAUCCCAAUGGGAUACCGGAGUGCGGGACUGAUGCGUUGAGGUUCGCACUGUGCGCCAUGACUCAAGGGCGCGAUCUCAACUUGGACAUCCUGCGGGUGCAGGGUUAUCGUUUCUUCUGCAAUAAACUGUGGAAUGCUACCAAGUUUGCCCUUAUGUACUUCCCGAAGGACACUGUUUAUGAGGUACAUACGCCCGGUCCCCUCCCAGAUGAUCUAUCAAUGAUCGACAAAUGGAUGAUGUCGAGACUAGCCGUGGCAGUCAAUAAAGUCAACGAGGGCUUCAAAAACUACGACUUUCCCUCAGCCACUACGCAUUGCUAUAAUCUGUGGCUUUAUGAUCUGUGUGAUGUGUAUUUGGAAUACCUAAAACCCGUGUUCACACAAGGCUCCCCACACGAGCAGGCGGCCGCUCGCCGAACGCUCUACACCGUACUAGAGUACGGGCUAAAACUGCUCAGUCCGUUCAUGCCGUUCGUGACUGAAGAGCUUUACCAGCGGUUGCCGAGGAGCGAUGCGGCCUGCCCGUCCGUGUGUGUCGCGCCUUACCCCACUGACGAAGACACGCCAUGGCAGUGCAAGAAGCUAGAGUCUGACGUGGAGCAAGUGAUGAAAAUGGUCCACGCGAUCCGGUCCACCAGGUCCGAGUAUACGGUGCCGAAUAAGACCAAAACGGACGUGUAUCUGGUCCUUAGCGACGAUUUGGAACAUUUGAAAGAGGUGUUCAAAAAGAUGGAGUGUCUCGCAAAUAGUCGUUUUGUAGCCGAAGCGCCGCCGAUCGGCUGCUCGAUUCUACCGAUUUCGGAUAAAAUUGAAGUACAUCUGUCCUUGAUGGGUCUCAUCGACGCGGAAAAGGAGAUUCAAAAGAUAGUGAAGAAAGAACAAACUUUAGAGCAAACAUUGAAAAAGCUAAACCAAGCGAUGGCCGUAGACGACUACGCUAAUAAAGUUCCCGCCGACGUUCAAACGGCCAACUCUGAAAAACUCAAACAAAUCAAAGGAGAACUAGAAAAACUCAAUAAAGCCAUGCAAACAUUGAAAAAUAUUAUGGAAAUGAGUAAAAACUGAUCUUUAUGUAUAGAUAAUAUUAUAUGCUGUUUAGAGUCACUUGCAUUUUUUGUUUAAAAUUAAAAGUGUUCAAGGUCACGAUCUAUGUAAGCUAUUUAUUUCCGUUUUAUACAAUAAAUUAUUUUUACGUCUA